AUGCCAGGUCAGCACGAACCCUUCACCCCCACAGACCCCAACCCCUCUCCCCACUUCCCUCCCGCGCACACCCCCACUGGCGUCAAUUCACCAGCGAUCGGCGGAAACUUCCCCUCCCCUGCAAGCCACCCAGCCAUGGCCCUGCGCCCGGGAACCGGGCCUGCGGGGUACAGGCUGGGGGGGUCCGCGUCCGGGGGCGGUCCCCCUGCUCCGGCGCUGGUAGCGGCGAUGCAGAAUAUGAGUCUGGGGAGUCCCGCCAUGGGCCCGGCGCAUGCUCCAGGGGGGGGAAGCAGAGCCGGAGGGUUUGGCCCGGCGAGUGCUCGAGGCAGCAGCGGCGGCGGCGGCGGCGGCGGCGGCGCCGGGUUUGGGGGAGGUGGAGGGUUUGCUGGGCCUGGAACGCCCGUGGGGCCUGGUGCUGCUGAGGGUAUCAACACGCAGAACCAGUGGCAAGCGGGCGGAGGAGGAAUGGGAGGGGGAGGAGGAGGGGGAGGGGGAUUGGGAGGAGAAGUAGGAGGGGGAGCAGUGGCGAAUCAGCCUGCUCCUUGGGAGCAGCCCCCAGAAGAGUCGUCCUCGUCAGACCCAAGGUUCAAGCCCAAGAAGAUCCAAUCCGGAGGGCACACGUGGGAGAUGUUUUCCGGGCCUAGUAUGAACAUUCUCAGGCGGGAGGACGACGCGGAUCUCACUCCGAACGAGCUCGCCACGCUAGUUGCUGCGCCCGUGCGCCCCACCGGCCGCCACAGGCGCUCCAGGUCCGCCAUGCCAGUGCAGGCGCAGCUGCAGCAGCUGCGCCCGCCGUCCACGCCCGAGGGGCGCGUGCCUGGCGCGCUCAGGGCGGUGGCCGCGCUCGGCGCUGGCGGAGGCGCGGCGGGCGCGGCAGGGGGCGUGGCGGGCGGGGGGGUUGCGGUUCCGGGGGUUGCUGUUGCGCCUGCUGGCGCGGGGAGGGGAGCGGGGGGGAUGGGGGGAGGGAUGAUGGGUCUAAGCCCCAUGGGCGCAGGUCCAGGCGGGGGCAUUGGCGCAGGGGGAGGGAUGGUCGGAAACAUGGGCGCGGGGAUGGGCGCAGAGACUUUCAUGGUGGACGCGGAGCAGGAGGAGGAGCAGCAGCAGCAGCAGCAGGAGGAGGAGGAGGUGCCGGAGGUGGCGCCGUGGGAUAUGAGCAAUUCUGGCCGAACCCACCAGUCAGAAUCCCUGCUCGUGACAACAGAAGAUGCCGGAACAGCAAGUGGUGGUGCCAACAGUGCUAUGGGCAGGCCUGUGGUUCCGGCUGGUGCCAACGCUGGGGCUGGGGGUUUUGCUGGCAGUGGAGGUGCUCUCAUUCGUGGUGGCGGCGGCAGUGACGGCAGUGGCAGCAGUGGUGGUGGUGGUUACAGCAUACCAGGUGGUAACAUGGUUAGUGGUAACGUGCAUGGCCUCCCUGCUCGUGCGUCCACAGCAGGAGGCCGGCCCAGUGGUAACUUCCAUUUCCCAGGGCCACGGCACGUGGGCAUGGGGAGGGGAGGCGCGGGAAACAUGGGCGGUCCCCUCAGACCUGUGUCUGCUGGUGGUAAAAUGAUGUCGGGGGGAGGCGGGGGGAUGGGCGGGGGAAUGGGCGGGGGGAUGGGUGGGGGGAUGGGCGGGGGGAUGGGCGGGGGCAUGGGUGGAGGGAUGGGUGGAGGAAUGGGUGGGGGAGGAGGAAGAGGAAGAGGAGCAGUGGGGCGGGGUGGGGGUAUGGGGGGACCAAUGUUUAUGGGAGGGAGAGGAGGGGGCCCCCCUGGGAGGGGAGGCGGAAUGGGGCGAGGAGGAGCAGCAGCAGGAGGAGCAGUAGGAGGAGGGGGAGGCGGCGGAGGGGGUGUGGGUACGGUGCUAGGAAGACCGUACGUAGAUGUGAAUGAGUAUUAUAUGCUGGAGGGGGGUGAGGUGGGGAGGGGGCGCGUGGGCAGCAUCCGUGUGUGCGUGGCUCGAGAUACGGGCGAGCAGUUUGCAUGCAAGACCAUUGCCAAGGACAGGCUGCAGUGCGAGGAGGAGGUGGAGGACGUGCGCAAGGAGGUGGCGGUGAUGGAGCGUCUGAGGGACCACCCGCAUGCUGUGCAGCUCGUGGCCACGUUCGAGGAUGCGCAGAGCGUGCACCUGGUGAUGGAGCUCUGUGCGGGUGGGGAGCUCUGGGAGCGCAUCAAGCAGCGGCGGUGGUACGACGAGGGCAGUGCAGCAGCGGUGCUGCGCGUGGUGGUGGAGCUGCUGCGCGACUGCCAUGCCAUCGGGGUGAUGCACCGCGAUCUCAAGCCCGAGAACAUCCUGCUCUGCACCGAGGAGAACGACGUCGACGUCAAGGUCAUUGACUUUGGCGUCGCCGUCUUCUUCAAGCCUGGCGAUGUGUACUCAGACAUUGUCGGCAGCCCGCUUUACAUCGCACCCGAGGUGCUGCACGAGGCAUAUGGACCGGAGUCCGACAUCUGGAGCGCAGGAGUCAUUCUCUACGUGCUGCUGGCGGGCGUGCCUCCCUUCCGCGGGGACAGCGACGAGGGGGUGUUCCAGGCGAUUCUCGAGCAGGAGCCAGACCUGCAGCGCGCCCCCUGGCCUGAUGUUUCGGAUGAGGCCAAAGAUUUGGUGCUGCGCAUGCUGACAAAGGACCCCGCCCUGCGAAUCACGGCUGAUGAUGUUCUUGACCACCCAUGGCUGAGCAUAUACCGCACGUUGCCGCACCAGCGAUCCGCAAUGUCGCCUACUGAGGAGAUGAUUUCGAAGGUCCACGAGCUGGAUCCGCACCUGUCGGUUCACGACGCGUUGGAGCAGGUCAAUGUGAAGGUCGGCGAUGACGAUAUUCUCGUGGAGGAUGAGGAGUUGCUGCUGGAUUGCUUCCUCGGAAUGCUCAAGGAGCUCGAGGAGAAUGAGCUUGCCGAAGUUGUCCAAACAUGUCUGGGACUGUCGUCCCAGUACAACGCGAGCAACGACCCUGAAGAUCUUAAGAAGCUAGAGGAGGUGGUCGACUCCCUCGACCCGGCCGAAUCUAUUCUCUUCGCUUCCGCCUUCUCCCACAUGCUCACGCUGGGAAACAUUGCGGAGGAGAUUCAAAUGGCUCAUCGUGCGCGGAAGAGCAAGGUCGGAUCCAUUGAGGAGGAAGGAAGUGCGCUUACGGAGUCCAACAUAACGGAGACGUUCCAGAAGCUGAUCAAGCUGGGCAAGACGCCCGAUGAGAUCUUCGAGGGGCUGAAGCAGCAGCGCGUGGACCUCGUGCUCACCGCUCACCCAACACAGUCCAUCCGCCGCUCCCUGCUGCAGAAGCACGCCCGCAUUCGCGCCCUGCUGUCUCAGCGCCACGCUCAGAAGUACACCAAGGAAAGGCAGCAGGAGCUCGUGGAGGCUCUCAAACGGGAGAUCCAGGCGGCGUGGCGCACGGACGAGAUCCGGCGCACGCAGCCGACACCGCAGGACGAGAUGCGCGCGGGGAUGAGCUACUUCUACGAGACCAUCUGGAAGGGCCUGCCCGAGUUCCUGCGCCGCGUCGACACCGCGCUGCGCAGCAUCGGCAUCGAGGAGCGCCUGCCGUACAACAUCCCCAUCAUCCAGUUCUCGUCCUGGAUGGGCGGCGACAGGGACGGUAAUCCGCGUGUGACGGCGUCCGUGACGCGCGACGUGGUGUUGCUGUCGCGCCUCAUGGUCGUCAACCUCUACAUCGCGCAGAUCGAGGAGCUCCUCUUCGCGAUGUCCAUGUGGCGCGGAAGCGACGAGCUCAAGGAGAGGGCGCAGGCAGUGCAGGCAGGGGCCAAGAAGCACAGCAACCACUACAUUGAGUUCUGGAAGCAGGUGCCGGGCAGCGAGCCAUACCGUGUGGUGCUGUGCGAGGUGCGCGAUCGCCUGUGGAACACGCGCGACCACUACCAGCAGCUCAUGGUCUCCGGCCACUCCACCUUCAGCACUGAGGACAUCUACACCUCAGCCUCCCAGCUGAUGGAGCCUCUGGAGCUCUGCUACCGCUCGCUGCACUCUUCCCUGGACGGAGCCAUCGCUGAGGGCCAGCUCCUCGACUUCCUGCGCCAGGUCGCCUGCUUCGGCCUCUCCCUCGUGAAGCUCGACAUCCGCCAAGAGUCUGACCGCCACACUGACGCCGUAGACACCAUCACGCAGCACCUGGGGCUGGGGAGCUUCAAGGAGUGGAGCGAGGAGAAGAAGGUGGAGUGGCUGGUGUCUGAGCUGCAGAGCAAGCGGCCGCUGUUCGGCCCAGACAUGCCCAUGUCGGACGAAGUUCGCGAGGUGAUCUCGACCCUCCACGUGAUUGCGGAGCUGCCAGAGGACUCUCUCUCGGCUUAUAUCAUCUCCAUGGCGACGUCUGUGUCGCACGUGCUGGAGGUGCAGCUGCUGCAGAAGGCGUGCGGGGUGAACCCCGCCCGCCGCGUCGUGCCGCUGUUUGAGCGCCUGGACGAUCUCAAUAACGCGCCCAUUGUCCUCGACGCGCUUCUCAGCAUCCCCUACUACAAGGAAAUUAUCAACGGCAAACAGGAGGUCAUGAUUGGGUAUUCCGACUCAGGGAAAGACGCUGGGCGUCUGGCUGCGGCCUGGGCGCUGUACAAGGCCCAGGCCAGCCUGGUGGAGGUGGCUCAGAAGCACGGGGUGCAUCUGACGAUUUUCCAUGGCCGUGGUGGGACGGUUGGUCGUGGUGGCGGCCCCACGCAUCUGGCUAUUCUGUCGCAGCCGCCUGGGUCGGUGGACGGGUCGCUGAGGGUGACGGUGCAGGGAGAGGUCAUUGAGCAGUCGUUUGGCGAGGAGAACCUGUGCUUCCGCACUCUGCAGCGCUUCACUUCUGCCACUUUGGAGCAUGGCAUGCAUCCCCCAGUGUCGCCCAAGCCUGAGUGGGUGGCUCUCAUGGACGAGAUGUCACCGCUCUCCACUGCCGAGUACCGCUCCAUUGUCUUCAAGCACCCGCGAUUCGUUGAAUACUUCCGAUCCGUGACCCCAGAGACUGAGUUCUCGCGCAUGAACAUUGGCAGCCGCCCAUCCAAGCGCAAGCCUGGUGGCGGUGUGGAGACCCUGCGCGCCAUUCCCUGGAUCUUCGCCUGGACACAGACGCGCUUCCAUCUUCCCGUGUGGCUGGGUCUGUCAGCGGCCUUCCGCGGUGUGCUGGAGCGUGACCCCAAGAACCUGGAGACGCUGCGCGACAUGUACCAGAACUGGCCCUUCUUCCGCGUCACCAUCGACCUCGUGGAAAUGGUGUUUGCCAAGGGCGACCCUCGCGUCGCCGCGCUCUACGAGAAGGAACUUGCCAACCCCGAGCUGCAUGAGUUUGGUGCUGAGCUGCGCCGCAAGUACGAGGAGGCCCGGGAGUCGAUCCUCAAGAUCACCGGCCGCUCCGUGGUGCUGGAAGGGAAUGCACCCCUGCGCCAGCGCCUGCUUAUCCGAGAGCCCUACAUCACACCGCUGAACGUGCAGCAGGUGCUCACUCUCAAGCGCAUGCGCUCGGGCGCCCACGCCUCUGCAGAUUCUGCCAACGGUGGCCUUCGCACAGCUGAAGCACCGAUUCUCUUAUUUUUUUCUCCUCACAGUCACGCCAUGGCAUUGGCAGCGCUAACCCCGCUCGUUCGCCCCGUGUCCGCAAUGUUGCGCUGCGCGCCCGCGAGGCGCCAUUCCGCCUUCUUCGGCGUCGCGGUGCCCGCGGCUUCCGCCGCUCCGGCGCGUUUCUCCCUCCAACCCGCCGCAACCCCCGCCGUUGCCUCCGUCGCGCGGUCAGGCUCAGAGCCAACGCCCAAUGCGCCGCAGUCCGCGCGCGCAAGCGAGUCGAAGAAUCUUCUCAACGCGCACAACCAGCGCAGUCAGGCUAACAGCCGCGCGCUCACCACGCGCGCUGCCGCGUCGCAGGGGGAGGUCGUUGCUGGUGCAGUGGCGUCCAUCCCCACCAUCGGCUUCCUGGGUCUGGGCAUCAUGGGCAGCGCCAUGGCGCUGCGGCUGGUGCGGUCGGGGUAUCGCGUGACAGUGUGGAACCGCAGCCCCAAGAAGACGCGUCCACUUGUGGAGGCUGGCGCUGUGGCGGCGCCGUCAGCAGCAGCGGUGACAGCAGCGUGUGACAUUACUUUCGCCAUGCUCUCUGAUCCUGCUGCUGCUUUGGAAGUGGCGUGUGGGCCAGAAGGCGCAACAGAGGGAUUGAAGCCUGGAAAAGGAUACGUGGAUGCAUCUACAGUGGACGUGGAGACAGCUGUCCGCGUGGCGCAGGCCGUGCGCGCCACUGGAGCACAGUUCCUCGAGGCGCCCGUGUCGGGGUCAAAGACGCCAGCGGAGAACGGCAAGCUCAUCUUCCUGGCGGGAGGCGACUGGGACCUGUACGAGCGCGCUGGUCCCAUGCUCGACAUCAUGGGCAAGUCCACGUUCUUCCUGGGGCCCGAGGGCAGUGGGGCGGCUAUGAAGCUGGUCGUCAACAUGGUCAUGGGAAGCAUGAUGGCUUCAUUUGCUGAAGGGCUAGCACUGGGAGAGCGAGUGGGACUGGAUAAGAACACCAUUCUGCAGGUGAUAGAGCAGGGAGCCAUCGCGAGCCCAAUGUUCUCUCUCAAGGGCCCUCUCAUGAUUGAUGGCAACUACUCACCCGCGUUCCCACUCAAGCACCAGCAAAAGGAUCUGCGCCUGGCUUUGGGCCUGGGCGACGAGUUGGCACAGCCACUCCCCGUGGCGGCGGCAGCGAACGAGGUGUUCAAGAAGGCGCGGCGGGAGGGGCACGGCCGGGACGACUUCAGCGCCGUGUUUGAGGCUGUGAGGCUGCAGCAGCGUGAGGACUGA